AUGUCCACCUCCGAGCUCGCCUGCUCUUACGCCGCUCUGAUCCUUGCCGAUGAAGGCCUUGAGAUCACCGCCGACAAGAUCCAGACCCUGAUCACCGCCGCCAAGGUUCAGGAGAUCGAGCCCAUCUGGGCCACCAUCUUCGCCAAGGCUCUUGAGGGUAAGGACAUCAAGGACAUGCUCACCAACGUCGGUUCCGCUGGUCCCGCCGCUGCUGGCCCCGCUGCCGGUGCCGCUGGUGCCGCUGCCCCCGCCGAGGCCGUCGCCGAGGAGAAGGUUGAGGAGAAGGAGGAGUCCGAUGAUGACAUGGGAUUCGGACUUUUCGACUAA